AUGUCUUCCGUGAACAGCAAAUUCGCCACGGCGGAGAUAGGGGUCUUCUGGGAUAUCGAUGGUUGCCCAAUCCCUCCUGGUCUCACUCCUGCUUCGAUCUCUGCUAACAUCAAAUCGGCUCUCGCGGAUGUCGGUUAUACUGGCGAGAUCUCCAUCUUUGCGUAUUCUGUUGAGAAGCAGACUCAAGAAGCAGAGUUCGAAUCCGCCCAGAUCGAGCUUAAACAUCGAGAAACUCUCAAAGAACGAGAUAGGUCGCUGUACUUGGAUGUCAUGUUUUGGGGAAUAGGCCAUAGGCGUGAUCCGUCAAAUGUAUUGGUUAUCUCUGAUGACCUCUCACGAGAACCAAGAGCUAACUAUGCUUUUGGGCUUCCACUUCUAAAAGAGAACGAUAACAACAUUCUCCUGGUGCAACCUCGAAACAAUCCGGAAGGGCUCGCGCUGCGUGAUACUGUAACUUCAACGUGGCUUUGGGAAAUCCUAGCAACUGGAGGGAGCCCUCUUGAUGGCCACAGCAUGGAACCAGUACUAACUCCAUCUUCCGUGAACAGAAAAUUCGCCACGGCAGAGACAGGGGUCUUCUGGGAUCUGGAUGGUUGCCCAAUCCCUGCUGGUCUCACUCCUGCUUCGAUCUCUGCUAAUAUCAAAUCGGCUCUCGAGGACAUGGGUUAUACUGGCAAGAUCUCGAUCGUUGCGUAUUCUCAUGGGGUGCAGAGUCAAGAAGCAGAGUUUGAAUCCGCCCAGAUCGAGCUUAAACAUCAAGAAACUCGUGAAGAAAAAAAUAGGGUGAUGUAUUUGGAGGUCAUGUUUUGGGGAAUAGACCAUAAACGUCAACCGUCUAAUGUGAUGGUGAUCUCAAAAGAUCUCAUAAGAGACGAUGUUGGGUUUGCUUCUGGGCUUGCACUUCUGAAAGAGAAUGAGAACAAUGUUCUCGUGGUGCAUCUAUACAAUCCAGGAGGCCUGCCACUGCGUGAUACUGCAACUGCAACAUGGGUUUGGAAAAGCCUAGCAAGUGGAGGGAGCCCUCUCGCUGGCCACUGCAUGAGACCAGAACCAACUCCAGCUCGUUCCGUUUGUAGCAAAAGGGCACUUCGUCUUGCCAAUAAGCGAAAGAAACGUCCGACCAAUCCUUUUCUGAAACCUUUCCUCAAAAUACUGACCGGAUCCGUCAAUGGAAAGGAGAAGAGUGGCUAUCAUGUUACUUUCAAAAUUGGGUUAUGGAAGCUGGAAGGAGUUUUGUAUGGGUCUACAGAGGAGAGAGUCACUCAAGAUCAAGAAAAACAGAGUUAUGAUGUUUCCCCCAAUACCUUGACUGAUGAAGCCAAUCCUCAAGAGCUUUUCGAAAAGGCCAAUGAUCAAAAAGAGGUCGUCGUUGGUUAUGCUAUGCCGCAUAAACAAUGGUCUCCAAAGCAGAACACUGAAGCAAAUGCUCCAAUGCAAGAAUCUGAGGAACAAGAAGGCUACUCAGUGGCUACAAUUCUGAGGAACAAGAAGGGCACUCAAGUGGCUACAAUUCUGAGGAACAAGAAGGGCACUCAAGUGGCUACAAUUCUGAUAUGA